AGAUGUCGGUUCAGGCACUCGCCGGUGUGAUAUUCUAUGUUUGUAUCACAGGUCUGCAGAACACAGUUGGAGAAAGCAUUGCUUUCGGCAAAAACGCCAAACAAAGUACCACUUAUCGAGAAAAUGAUGCAAGCCACGCCCUCAAUCGGACGUUCUCGUAUACAGGAUCAGUUACAGGCCCUGUCAUCUCGCCCUGGUGGGAGGUCGACCUGAGGGGCUACUUUAGAAUCAGCAUCAUCACCCUCACAGCAGGCAAAUUUUAUAUUAACAUGAGAAAUGCCUCCGUGGAGGUGAUGGACAAAGAUGUCAGCCUCUGCUCUGAUGUCCAGUCGGAGUGGUGUGGGAAUGUGUCCAGCACUGCCACUGCUCGGGAAGAGUUCACCUUCACCUGCAAUGCCACAUUCCCUGUCCGCUUUGUCCGUGUCACAAGGCGAUCUACCAACUAUACAUACCUCGCUAUCGGACAUGUGGAUGUUCAAGGGAUCGGGGCUACAAAACGAUACCGUUCCCACUACACGCCCACAGCCAACGGGAAGGUGUCCAUCCCAUUCUUGACUACAUCAGCCGUAACAGCCGGAGCUUGUGGCAUCCUUUGUCAUAAAAGUCAUUCUUGCAUCGACUUCAGCUACAGCACAACUGCCUCAACUGAAGCUAACUGCAUGCUAACCGACAAAGUAGUACCCCAGAAUUCUUCCGGACAUAACCACUGGACCAUGUACACCCUGGCCAGCUGCCUGUAAACACCACUCAACUCAAACUGGAAACAUUGAAACUACACUCUGAAUCGUAACAGAAGUAGACUAGACAUUUGAUUUAAACAAUAUUUAUUUCCCAGAAAAGGAAUGGGAUUGACGAACAGGUUCAACCUAUUUAAACACCUCUCCCUACAAAGGACAUUUAACAAUUAAUGGGAGUAAACUGGUAGACGAGACAUUUGUUGUGGAAACAUUAUUUAUAUAUUAUACAGAAAAUUGUCAGUGGGAUAAUUCGGACUUUGUGAGAGUUUUUCGUCAAAUGAAAUGAUUGUAAACACGUCUUUGGAAUCAGAACAUUUGUAGUGACAUUGCUGGAACAGUAAUGCAUGGGAUACUUCCUUUUAUUCCUUUUAAGAGAUUGUGACGAUUCUAACACACUUUUUUUGUUAGAUCACAGAAACUGCACAAUCACUUUGCUAUCACCACAAUAGUAACACGUAUGUUUUAUGUCUGUUUAUUACGUGUUCAUCACACUUACUUUUAAUACUGGCAAUAGCUUCAUACUCUGCCAGUAUCAGAAACAAAAGUACUUGACUGUUGAACCAUGUCCCUUGGAAUUUCCAGAUACCCUGUAACCAGCCAUCUGGGCAUGUUGCGUUCACUCCCAGUAAUGAGGAAUGUCUUGAAUGUCACAAACUCUCAAGGGUGACGAUUAUCAUCUCCAAGUAGAACCAGCCAGAGAAAUGUUACCUUUGGGUUGUGUUAAUGUCCCAAAUCUCAUAUGUGACUUUCUCCCCAGUCACUUCAUUGUUGAGCCGUCCUGUCACCACCAUGACUGGAGCAUGCCCUAGAGCCUAUUCUAACCCGAUUAGAAUAGGUCCAUCCCGGCAGAUGUCCUUCCCGUGUGAGCCGAAUAUAUGGGUGUACUGCUGUCACGUGUAAGGCAACAAACAGACAUUUACUUUUGUAUGCAAAUUGUGUGAGUAGCGGGUACUAUAGCGGUAGAGCUGGACAUGUUUUCCCUUUUAGAGAACACCUGGUGUCGUCACUGAUUUUCAGUGAUCCGGUCAUAUAAUUUUCACCACUAUUUUGGAUUUUUCACCCAAUGGAAUCUGUUUCGGCAGAUUUCUGUGUUGUUUGUGAGUAGAAAUAGAAUUUUAGCCAAGUGAGAAAUGUGUUGAGUGUUGGUGGUAGUGCAGAAGGUGGUAUAGAGUACUGUAGAAAUAACCAAUGCUUACUGUUGACUGAUUUUGCGUUCUAUGGAAACUUUGGUUUUCGUAUUUGAUGGUUUCCGGCUAGUUUCUAUUUAUUGGUUUACUAGUGGUUAUCAUGACGUGGGAAUCUUACUCAUGUCCGAGUUGUCUUAGUUUGCUUGCCAUUUAGUUUCCCGAAACACGAAUGUUACCCUCUGUCAGAAUAGUUUACGUCUGGUUGAUAUUAGGUGUUGGUUUCAGUAUACCCGGAAACUUACACACGUCAAGUUUCCUACUGAUUUCCUGGUCGUUUCCAUAAAUCUUGUAGAUAUUUUCAGCUUACUCUGUGUGUGCUUCAUUAGCUCUCCUGUUGGAGAACAAAUGUUAAGUUUCCGCCUGGUUAAGUUUUGUUUCCGAUGAGAACCUGAUAUUCACAAUGUGUGGCCUGGUCACGUUGUAACACUCGAGCAUACUGCGGUCACCAUUGAUUUGUCCACAUCACCUUCAUCAUCAAGACGUUUUUUAUGAUAUACCCACAUCAUUGCUAACUGAAAUCUCCAAACAAAAUCACUCAUUCACUCUGCUGAGUUUUAGCUUUAAAACAUUUAUAUUUUCACUAUUUCGUAGAUUCUUAGACACAUACUAGAUGCUCAAAUGUGAUUUUGUCCUUCCAAGUAAACAAAUAGUUUUUGUGUUGACGGUUACAUAAUCAGUCCCUUGAUUUUCCACAAGUAGAAUUAGUUUUUGCCAUACUUACAUGCACAUAUAUGUUGCCAGAUUCUUAUAUCAACUCUUAGUGUCUUUUUAUUGUGUACAUGUAAACGUCUAAAAUCUGCAUCACUGCUGGCGUUCCUCCCACAUGAAGUUGACACACAGUGCUAUACCUGAAAUACUCUUCAAAGAAACGAAACUGAAAUUUGAACAACAAAAGAAACUGAGGUUUACGCAAAAUCACUCAUCUUAGUCAAACAUGCAGGCAAAGACAACUCUCAGUCCAUGUAGGAAUGUCUCAGACAAUUGAAACUUAAAGCGAAACAUAUCAAAACAUUUCAUUGAAAUAUCCCUUUUCUCUUUGGAAAAGUAAAUACAUCAAUAAUUAUGCAAUUGUUUCAUUUCAUAAACAAACUCUUUUUAGUGUGAUACGUGCCCCCUUAGCGAUACUGCAGAUGCAGGUGUGUCAGAAAAAGUCUGAAAAACAUUAUUUUAGGAAAGGGAACUUUGUUUUGAGACUUUUUGAGAAAUACAAUUAAAUAAA